AUGGCCGUAACGGCCGUCCAAGCCCACUAUACCUUUCCCCGCCUCGUCAUCAACGGAAACUCCGACGCCGCAGACUGGACCACGACUCGCCGCACCAAGAAUGCCGAUUCAAAGCAAGGCAUCGAGAACCCGACUUCGGCCGACAUCCGCUGCUAUCAGUCAUCGAACGCGGCCAGCGUAGCGACCGUCCCCGCAGGCGCUACCAUCCACUAUGUGAGCAGCCAGCAAGUCAAUCAUCCGGGGCCAACGCAGUACUAUCUCGCCAAAGUACCUACUGGAGCGGACGUAAAAACAUGGGACGGAAGCGGCGCGGUGUGGUUCAAGAUAUCGACCACGAUGCCCAAGGUCGAUGCGCAGAAGCAGAUGACAUGGCCUGGACAGAAUGGAUACAUAACCUCCAACGCAACCAUCCCCAAGAGCGUCCCUAGUGGCGACUAUCUGUUGCGCGUUGAGCAGAUUGCACUGCACUUGGCUAUGAAGGCAAACGGGGCGCAGUUCUACCUCGCGUGCUCGCAGAUCACGAUAACAGGCGGUGGGAGUGGGAGUCCAGGGCCAAUGGUGACUUUCCCAGGAGCGUAUAAGAGUUCGGAUCCAGGUGAGUUGCGUCGAUGGGAGGAAGUGGGAUGA